UUCAAAUAGCCUAGAUGGGUACCUAACAAACUGACAGCAUAUCUUUCCUUUCUGUCAACAGGUUGUACUUCUGGAUAAGAAUAAAGCCGCAGGGGAGAGUUUGGUCGAAGCCCUGAGCAAAGAGUACGAACCAGAUCGAAUGCUGUUCAGGGAAUGCAACAUAAAAUCAGAUGAGGAGUUCAAAGCUGCCUUUCAGAAAGCCGUAGAAACCUUUGGAGGAAUCGACAUCUUGUGCAACAAUGCCGGCAUGUUCGAUGAGUCUGAGUGGGAGAAUAUGGUCUCCACAAACCUUGUUGGCUCUAUUAGGGGAACUUAUUUGGCUCUGGAGCACAUGAACAAAUUGAAGGGAGGUCAAGGAGGGGUCAUCAUCAAUGUUUCAUCCUUGGCAGGUCUUGGACCUUUGCUUACAGCUCCUGUCUACUCGGCUACUAAACACGGGCUGGUCGGAUUCACUCGAUCCAUUGCAGCUGCCUUUGCAGCAUCAGACUAUGGUAUACGCGUCAAUGCUAUUUGCCCAGGUUUUGUUCAAACAAACCUGAUCUCUGAAAUCAAAUCUCAAAUGGGCCAAUUUGCCCACCUGGUAGAUGCAAGACUUCAGAUGCGAGAGAAGCUUGGGGUGUUAACUGCAACCGAGGUAGCAGAGUGCAUCCUUGAGCUGGUAACAGAUGAGACCAAAAAUGGAGAGGCCCUCGUGAUCAUAAAGGACUCAAAAUUUUAUGUGACUUUCCCAACACUGGAUAAGAGCAGUGACAAACCAUAAAAUCAUCAUGUAUAUAUCAUUCUUUAAGUAUACUUAAAGUAUACUUAAGUAUACUUCUUUAAGUAUACUUGAAGUUAAAACACACACACACACACACACACACACACAAAUACUGCUCAAACUAUGUUUUGUUUUGGUUUUGCCCCCCUCAUAAGAUUUUUGGUAUUGUGUGUCAUUCUGUACCUUGAAAAGUUUUGAAUGAAUUCUGGUAAAACUUUGUAAGGGUUUGGAGUGGGGUCAUGUCAACAACCUAUUAAAAUUUGGCUUACAUCCAA